AUGUGGGAAAUGAUGGAUCCCGAUCUAGAGUGUGGCACAGAAUGUGGCGGACCGGGGCCGCCCCCGGAGUUUCUGGUGCCGCCACCGCCGCGGCCACCGUUUUUGGCCGAGCUACUUAACUGCAACGAGGAGCAGCAGCAGCAGCAGCAACAGCAACAGCAGCUACCGUUCGGUGUGGCCACCGGCGGCAGCAGCAGCGGCAGUUCCUUCGCCGACGUCGACAUGUGCGAAGCGUUUCCGAUCCUCGACGCCAGCUACCACAGUGGCCCAUCAUUCCAAACCUCCGCCAUGAUAGUGCUGUGUUCGGUGCUUCUGUUAUUAGUCAUUUUUAUUUCAUCGUUACUAGUGUGGAAACACAAGCGAAAAGUUCAAAACUUCCUGCCAUGCAAGACGCCCACCCGGGGCGGACCCCACCACCUGGAUGCGGCCGGUGUGGGCGCCCACUCGGUGACGUACGAGGACCCGGACGUGCACCUGGGCCACCAUCCGCUGGUGAUGCGGCACCAUCACCACCACCACAACAUGGAGCUGCACGCGAAGCAGAUCCACUACCCGAGCGGCUACCCGAUGCCCCGGUCGCCGCCCCUCUUCAUCUGCUCGUCGCCCGGCCCGGACCCGUACCGGUCGCACGACAACGUGUACGAGGAGCUGGAACACGGCCACGGCCUGCACCACCACCACCAUCCGCACCACCACCACCCGCACCUACAGCAGCAGCAGCCGACCGGGCGGGACACGGACUCGGAACCGCCGAUCCAGUCGGACGACGAUUUCGCCGAGGACGAGCUGAGUCUGCCCGGGGACCGUUCCUUCCACAAGUCGCCCUCGGACGCGACGACCGUCGCCACGAUCUACCACGACCGCAGCAACGGUGGCGGCAGCAGCAACAGCGCGGUCACGACGGCAUCGGCCGCCACCGUCCCCGCCUCGGAACUGGCUGGGGCCCUGGAGCGAAACCGAACCGAACGAAACUCGCUCCUGUCGUCGUCUUCCUCGUCCAACGCCAACGACAAUCCGAUCCCGCUGCCACCGCGCGGUGGAAACGGUUCGAAUGGUGGUGGUGGUGGUCCAUCGCCCCCCGGUGGCGGAACCGGAGGAAGUGGUGGCAACAACAACAACAACGGGAGCAGUAGUAGCAGCGCCAGCAACAGCAACCGCAACUCGAACUCGAGCGCGGACUGCCCGAGUGGCCACAGUGGGAAUGGGAACAGUGGCGGGAGCGGCGGCAACACGGGCAGCGGGAAGAGCGCCGGCGGCGGAGGAGGAGGCCAGCAACCGGACCAGGGAGCGCUGCUGACCGGAGGGCUCGGUGGUCUGUUCCGAUCGCACCGGAAGCAGCACCAUCACCCAUCGGCCACGCUGGGCUCGGGAAGGAGCCGGGGUCGGAGAGGGGGAGGACAGCAGCCCCUGCCGGCGGCACCGGUCCCGGCACCGGACACGGAUCCGAUCGGGUUGCCGCCGUUGUACGACGACCGGGGUAUGAUGACGCUUCCGCCGCCGGCCUACCACCACCCACUGCACCAUCUACACCCGGUGUCCGGUGGCCAGCACCAUCACCACAACCACCACCUGAUGAACAGUCUGAACAACAACAGCGCCACCAACGGCGGGCGCUCGAACUACUACAGCACCAUCGACGACGACGAGCUGGAUCCGGUCGAGCGACGGAACCGGAUCAACGCGCAGCUGUCUGCGGGGCCGGCGGCCGUGUCCACCAUCUUCCGGCACCGGGGACCGGCGCCGUCACCACCGCUACCACCUCACCAUCAGCACCAUCAGCAUCAUCACAACAACAAUGGCCCGCUACGGCUCGGCUCCCGGACGAAUCCCCGGAACGUGAUGCGGAACGGCGGCGGGGUCAUGGCGGAACCGAACCCGGCCCAGUACAUCUACCACGAGCCGGUCAGCUUCCACGAGGGCCUCAUCUACGACGGGUGCCUCUCGACGACGGCCUCGUACAGCGACCGUAGCGGCAGCACCGGCGGAAGCACCGGCGGCAGCACCGGUCACCCCUACAUCCUGCCCCAGUUCAGCACGUUCCGGAGCGGUUCCGGUGGCGGCGUUGGCGGCGGCGGCGGCGGCGCGGUCAUGAUCAGUGGCGCUCCCGGUUCCGGGGCGGCCGCGAUCUACUCGCGCGAUUCCAGCUUCGGGUCCGACUCGGGCUACAGUCAGCAUACGCAGGCCUCGAACCGGAGCGGCGGCUGCUGGCAGGGUGGUCACCGGCCACCCCACCGGCCGGUCGCCGUUCCGCCGUCCGGAAGUGGAGCCACCACCGAACCGGUGCUGCAGGUGGCCGUAGUGCGGCCUCCCAGCCCGGUGUCCGGUGUCGCCGGCUCUUGA